AUGUCGAUAGCCGGAGAUGAGCUCGGAAGUACUCUUUCUUCGGUGACCAUUGAGUGUUGCACGGACUAUCAUGGCAAUCCAGCCGUCAGAUUCUCUUGUGGAGGAUGGAAAUCAGCGAGGAUCAUCAUUUAUGCCGAAAUGGCGGAGCAGUUCGCUUUUUUCGGGAUAUCGUCUAACCUGAUAACGUACUUGACUGGACCGUUGGAAGAGUCAACGGCUGUGGCUGCGGCCAACGUCAACGCUUGGAGUGGAACUUUGUCGUUUUUGCCACUUUUCUGGGGCUUCAUUGCUGACUCGUAUCUUGGCCGUUUUCGUACCAUCUUUAUCGCGUCGUUUCUUUAUAUCUUGGUAUAA